CUAUAUUAACAUUGUUUUCUAACGUAUUUAUCACGACUUAUCUUAACACCAUAUUAAUGUAUACGUUGUCUACAUGUGGAAUUAAUUAGUAUCGUGUAGUUAAUUAUACUUUUUAAUACUUCAGAAAUAUAAAGAUGAUUAUGUUCUUGUUUAAACAACUAAUUGGGACUAAAAACUUAUUCCAAGAGUUUUUUAGUGUAUAAGCGGAAAAUUAAAUAUAAGUAUCUAAAAACUCAGAUUAUCAACAUUUAACCAUGGAGAAUAUCAUGAGAUCUAUGCAAGAAUGUAAUGCUAUUCGUUAUACAUCUUAUAGGACUGCCGCUAAGAUGCAAAUAUUACACAGAGAACUAAAUAUGCAACAUGUACAGCUGGGAUUAAUAGCAGGAGUCUUUGAACGUCAUAGACUAUCUAUCACAGAAAACUGUGUUAAUCUAGAUCCAAGUGAAAUCGAGGAUGUUCUGUCUGAUAUCUAUUUUGCAGCACAAAAAGAAAGUAAUUUCAAUUUUGAUGUUGAUCUUGCAUCAAAGCUUGCCACAAAUUGUAUCUUGCAUACUUUUGACAAACAAAAUACUAGAAAUAUUUUAGUGUUCUCAGUAAAAGUUGUAUUAAUAUUGCUGAGCAAUGGCAGGUUGCAAGAAAAAUAUGGGUAUCUGUACCAGCAAUUAGCUGAUCAUAAUGCAUGUUUGUCUCGAGCUGGUUUGCAUACAUUAUUAACAAAUAUCUGCAAAAUAACAGAAAUGCUUGGAGAAAAUGUAGCAUAUGGAUAUGAACAGAUUCAGCUGCACAUAGAUGCCUGUUUCGUGAAGUCUCAAGGUUGUCUCGGAGUCACUGAAGCGGAGUUUGCCGCGUGGAUCAUGCAGGAACCUCCUCUACUGAUCUGGAUAACAACAUUCAAUCGAAUAAAAUCUGCAGAACAUAUUGUGCACAACAUCAGAUGUUCCUCGUGUAAAGUAACACCCGUACAGGGACCAAAAUACACAUGCUUGAAAUGCACAGGGUACCAUCAAUGCCAGAAUUGCUUUCUCUUGGGCAAAACGUCAAACAAGCACAAGCUAAAACAUCCAAUUCGCGAAUAUUGCGUGAAGACUUCACAUCGCGAAGUUACAAAACUGAUCAUUGAGUUAAUCAGGAAUAAGCUGAGACUGUGUCCUACUAGAGCAGUUACGAUAAACGCAGAUGAUUUAGUUGCGGAUGCCGUUAGUAACGAGACAAGGCGUGCAGAUUGUGGUUCAUUAAGGAGUACGAUUAGGCGAAAAAUUCUCAGUGAUCCACAGAAAGAAUUACAAAGUAUUAUAACGCACUUGGAGGAGGAAAAUCGGCAAUUGCAGAUCGAACUGUUGGACAUACGAGGUACCAAAGCGGAGAGGCUGCAGCGUCAUAGAACGACCAUCGAAUCUCAGUUGCAACGAUUGAAAACACUUAAGAAAUAUUUAUUUACCGACGCGGCUCAAGCACCGCAUAUUAUCACUCGUAUGCAAAGCACUCCGAUGUUGCAGCCUUUAUCGUCCAGGCUUACAGCCUUGCCGUUGGAAUUUGAAUUGAGUCCAAUUAUCAGACAAAAUAAUAUUCAACAAGGGAUUAAGCUGCACCAUAGAAAAGACAAAAUAACACCUGGUAGCUUCGAUACAUCGUUACCUAUAGAACAUACAAUAAAAGAGCAUAACGCUAACGGUCUUCCCUGUGUCGAGGAAGCCUCCACGAGUUCUGGAUUUAAUAUACCAGAAAACAGUUGUAUAGAAUUAAGCACGUGGAUCGGAGGAACAAGAAGGGGAGAAUUGAAUCCAACUGACAGUGGUUUCUCUCAGUGGUUGGCCGCCGGCAAUCCGAAUUGCAAAGAGGAUAACUACACGGCUAAUGCGGUUAGCAGUACAGAUAACGACUUGUCACUGGCAGCUUCACAAUCUCCCACCGGCAUCCACAGGGACAAUACUCCGUCUUCCUUACAACGUCCUGAUAAACACUCGCAGCACAGUAGCUUGCAAAAUAUUCAAGGAGACCUCAAUGAUAUAUUGGAGAGACUGCAAAAUAUGGUUGCCAAUGAUUGCUUACUCGAUGAGUCGUACGAUGGCAACGACAAUUGUAAAUUGAAACGUGCUACUACAGAGAUGGAAGAUUUAUUAACUGGCCUUAUCGAAGGUAUGGAGUCUCGUAAAAGUAAACUUACUACAAUUGUUUGAAGACUGCCUUAACUGUAAAUCUAGAUAUUGCAACAUUUAGAAAUUUUUAGAUCACAUUCGAUCUUUUCUCUUUCACUGCAAUCGUAGGCACCUAUUUUUUAAUCCUUUUAAUUCUGCUAAAAGUGAUCUGUAAAUAUGCUAUUUUUUUUACAUCAUUACAUAUAUCUAAAAGGAAGAGAUGAAUGUGAUCUAAUUAUUGUAAACGAUAAUAAUUGAUAUGAAAAUCGAUAUUAUAAACCGUUAAAUCAAAUAGCCAUACUUAGCACUAAUUAUAAAAUGGCCAUUUGAAAUAUUAAGUAUUUUUUAUAUGUGUUGUAUGUAUAUUUAUAUAAUAUCUGUGCAAUCAUGGAAAAGAAAUAAUCUAUUUCGAAGAUUUCUAUCAAUAACGAGGAACUAUAUUGCAUAGUUUUUAAGACAAUGUUCUUAAAAUAGAACAGAAAUUGGUAAAUUUUAUAUACGUAAGUAAUUUUAAAAGUAAUUUUAAUAAUUAAUAAUUAAUUUACUUACGAUAAUUAUAGAUUAUAAUAUUUAGUUAAAUUACACUACAACACGAAAAGUCAUUUAUAACUCCGUCCAUACUUAAGUCUUUUAUACAUUGUCUCAUUGUGUCGUAGCUAUUUGCACAUACAUUCACUUUUACAAAAUAUGUUCUUACAUCAAAGUACAAUAUAAUUUAUUUCUAGCAACAUAAAAGUUUUAUGUACGCGUUCUCGAUCUUCCUGUCGCACGUUUUUUCAAUAUAUAUAUAUAUAUAUAUAUAUAUAUAUAUAUAUAUAUAUAUAUAUAUAUAUAUAUAUAAUAUAAUAUAUAAAAAGUGAUAGAUAUUCUCUCAUCUCUGAUUACAUAUAAAAACGAAUACUUUACAUUCUAUGUUAAAAAAUAACAUGCGUUGUUGAUCGAAUUUAAUGGGACCGACUAGAUGAUUGAUUGUGACGUAAUCUACAUACAAGAGAGUAGAACAAUUUGUACGUGUCUAAUGUCAAGCAUACAAUACGAAAGUCUUUGUGUUUAAUACUGAACGAAUAACUUCGGAUGUGUCACUACAUAUCCUUCUCUAGAUGUAACGUAUCAGUUAAAUAAGUAACUUUAAGAACCUUCGAGAAAUGGAUUUUUUCCGACGGCCGAUUCACCGUCCAUGCCAUUACGCGGACGUUGCGUUCGAACCAUCGCUCUAUCACGCGUCUAAAACGAGAUUUAUAUCAUAAUUUUGUAUUCUUCACUAAAGUACAUAUAUAUAUUUGUCAUAAAUAUAGAGAAAAUUAUAUAUAUAAAAUUACGAGAAAUUUAA